AAUAACUAAGUUUUACCCUUUGUUAAUAUUUAAUGCUGUAAGUCGUCAAACUUUAGCAAGUAUUUGUGAGUGUCGGAAGAAGUGAACCUUUCUGCCUAAAAACCCUGAAAAUCUGUAUCGAGUGUCGUUUUUUGCCUACCUAUUGGGGUUUUUCGGAAAAUUCCAGACUCUAAAGAGAUAGAGCUGAAAUUUUCUAAAAGCUCUUGAACUGAAUGCGUUUAUAUCUCUGAAACGGUUGUUAAUAACUGAACUGAAAAUAAAAUGGUUUCAGUAGAGUACAUGGAAGCAGUCUUUUCUUAAAUUUCUUCCCCUAAAAAAGUUAGAAGGGAAAAGGGCCAAUUUGAACGAAUCGUCAAAGUUCGCGAGUUUCUAUCGCGGAAACGGUUGAAAAUAUCUAAAUAGUCAAUAAGACCUUUUCGAUAGAGCGUUCCCAAAUUUUUCAAACAACCGCCAGGAAAAGUAGGUGUUCAGUUGAGAAUAUUUGACGCACUCAUCAGCUCCGAAAGAAAAACCAUGUACGAUAAAAUCCAGUACGCGCCUUUACCAACGUCGAAGCGUGAAACCAAAGAGCCCGCAGUUCAACCGGGAUGGAAAUGCUAUUCAGUCGCUAUCAAGCUCUGGCUGGUCAGUCUAGCGCUAUUGGGGUCUCUGUAUCUUUUAGAGGUGUUCAGUUUAAAAUCGCUCCCGAAAACUGCCUUAAAUGCGCUGAGCGGUUUGCACAAACCACCCGAAAUCGGCAGCAAGUCGCUCCACGGAUAUCUGGUGAACACUCCAGGCUGCAGAAUCCCGGACAUGGAUCCUUUCGAUUCCGCCAUUAGAGAGUUUAUAUUUUCUCCGCCCGAACAAAAGUGCCUCAAAGUUCCGCCUGCUCUUUUCUACAGCACCCCUACGGAGCUCCACAUGAAUCUCCCAGUUUUGCGCCAGUUUCAUCAGUUGAAAAACUCGUCCGAACUCCACUGUUGCUAUCAGGAAUUUUCCAGACAAGAUCCUUCAGGAUCUAGUGCGGAUGUGCAGGUUGCUUAUAGCGAACAGUGUGUAGAACUGGGAAAAAGCGCCACUGCAAUCCAGAGCGAAUUUAUUAAAGUGACAUGCACGACCAACAGCAAAGCGAAGGUUUAUGAAGACUAUUUCGCGUUUGUGCCCAAAGCGCCGAAGAAAACCAACCCGGCAGUAGAACUAAAGCCGAACGUUUUGAUCAUCGGCCUGGAUGCGAUUUCACGCGUAAACCUGCAUCGACAGCUACCAAAAAGCUACGAAUUCCUAAUGAAGAAGCUGCAAGGAGUGGAGCUGCUGGGCUACAACAAGGUAGCCGACAACACUUUCCCAAACCUAAUCCCAGUACUGACUGGGCUUUUUGAGAAAGAACUGAAACCGCUUUGCUGGCCAACGUUUUCCACGCACUUCGACCGCUGUCCGUUCGUCUGGAAAAACUACAGCCAAAAAGGCUACGCGACAGCCAUUGGGGAAGACUGUGCCUGGAUCGGACUGUUCAACUACUUGAAAGUGGGGUUUAAAAACAGGCCCUCAGAUUAUUACUACACUACCUUCAGCAAGCAGCUUGAAUCAAAGAUUGGGUAUAAUGGGGACAUGAACUGUGCCCAGUGUGUCGGCAGUAGGCUGUCCUACAGCGUUACUCUGGACUAUAUAAAAAAAUUUGUCUGGAGAAUGUCGCGUGACCGGAGUCCCUAUUUUGGCUUCUUCUGGAGCAACAGCCUCUCCCAUGAUUACCUCAACAGACCCGCUUCCGGAGAUGGUAAGAUUAUGGAACUUCUUGUGCACCUGGAGGAGGAGGGCGGUUUAAACAACACGGUGCUGAUUCUUAUGAGCGACCACGGAAUUCGCUGGGGGGACAUUCGGCAAACUUACCAGGGCCAAAUGGAAGAACGACUGCCCUUCGUUAUCCUGGCCCUUCCUCAGUGGUUUAGGCUCCGUUAUGCCCAAGCAGUUGCCAAUCUCAACGCAAACGUACGAAGACUAACAACGCCCUUUGAUUUGCAUGAAACUCUUAAGGAUUUACUGGAUGCUCGUGGGCUGGAAAGCCCUAACCUUGCACUCAAUGAGCUAAAGCGGGGAUACAGUUUAUUUGAAAAAAUACCAAAAACCCGAACGUGCCAAGAGGCUGAAAUAGAGAGCCACUGGUGCACUUGCCAAGAAAGUAGGGCUGUUCCUCCAAACAAUGCCCAAGUGGUGAAAGCGGCAAACUUUGCGGUUGUUACAAUGAAUCAAUUCCUCAAAGGAUACGCGCAAUGCGCCAGUUUAACAUUAGAAAAGAUCAUCAGCGCUAGACUGAUGGCUUAUGAUGCUAAACACAUCACAAGGAAAAAGUCCAUCAGGGACUACAGACUGACUUUGAGGACUUUGCCUGGGGCUGGAGUAUUUGAGGUCACAGUGCGACUAAAGGAUUUCUUCGAGAACCCCACUGAUAAGAACGGCACAUUUAGCAUAACUGGCACGGUGAGCAGGAUAAAUCCGUAUGGGAAACAAAGCAGCUGCAUCACUGACUUCCACUUGAAAUUAUACUGCUUUUGCAAUAGUUUAACUUAACUGUAAUGGAAAA